GACAUUAUAUCAAAACAAACGACAAAUGGCAGCUAGUUUUAUUUUGCGUAGAGUAAUACAAAAUUAAAAAAGAAAUUGGAAACUAUAAUAAAGAAAGGUGAGAUUUGUACGUUAAAAGGAAUAAAUUAAGUUCUCCCAUGGCCGAGGCCCGAGAUCAGACAACCUACUCGUGAAGCAUAUUCGAAUAAUGAAUAUUGUAACUCAAGACUUGGGGAUAAAUCUACAAAAUAAGACAAAGUAACCCAAUGGAAACUAUGAAAAAGAAAUUCGUUACCUGUGCAACAACCCAAAAUCAAAUUAUUUAGAAUCACCAAGGGAAUUAUUUGGCAUGAUAGUAGAUCAUUAUUUCGGUGCUGCAUGAUGAUUGAUCCAUAAUAGAUACAACCACGAUGGCGACCAAAGCUGUUCCUCGUAUCAUAUUCUGGGUUUAUGGUUAAUACAAAAAGCACCUCUGAAACUUUCAGCAGCAUUUAUCUGUCAUAAAGUAACUUUUGGCUCAUAGUUUUGUAUAAUAAAGUCGUUUGGCAGUAUAUAUAUAGCGAUCAGCAAUCAUUCAAGUGCUUCCUCAUCAGAUAUAUGCAGAUAACGUAGAGCAGAUGAAAGAGGAGAUAGAGAAGAUGGUGGCAAGUAACAGCUCGGAUGAUAGCAUAGGAACACCUCUAGUAAUAAGGGGAUCUGAUAAUAAUGGAAGAGAUCAAAACACAAGACUCCACCAAGUUGAGGGAUGGUGGAACAAAGUGUUGGACAUGGAAGAGGCUAAGUGCCAACUCUUGUUUUCACUGCCAAUGAUUCUCACCAACACGUUCUAUUACUUGAUAACUUCGAUUUCUGUCAUGCUUGUUGGUCACCUUGGCGAGCUUCAACUUGCUGGCUCUACUCUGGCAAACUCGUGGUUCAAUGUCACUGGCUCUGCUGUCAUGGUUGGUUUGAGUGGGGCACUGGAAACACUCUGCGGGCAAGGAUUUGGUGCAAAGGAAUACCAAAUGCUGGGAAUUUACCUACAAGCCUCAUGCAUCAUAUCUCUAAUUUUUUCCAUCAUUAUAUCCAUUAUUUGGUUCUAUACAGAACCUAUCCUAGUGUUGCUUCAUCAAUCUCAUGACAUUGCAAGAACAACUGCUCUUUAUAUGAAGUUUCUUAUCCCAGGAUUAUUUGCAUAUAGCUUCUUGCAAAAUAUCUUGAGGUUUCUCCAGACACAAUCUGUGGUAAUGCCAUUGGUUGCACUCUCAGCUCUUCCAUUGUUGAUUCAUAUUGGUAUUGCAUAUGGCUUAGUUCAGUGGCCAGGUCUGAGUUUCACAGGUGCACCAGUUGCAACUUCUAUUUCACAAUGGAUAUCAAUGCUAUUAUUGGCCUUGUAUGUCAUGUAUGCUAAGAAGUUCAAGCAGACAUGGCAGGGAUUUUCAAUGCAUUCAUUCCAUUAUGUAUUUACAAACAUGAAACUGGCCCUGCCCUCUGCUGCAAUGGUAUGUUUGGAGUAUUGGGCUUUUGAAGUUUUGGUUUUAUUGGCUGGUCUGUUGCCUGACUCACAGAUAACAACUUCAUUGAUUGCAAUAUGUUUAAACACACAAUUCAUUGCGUACAUGGUCCCUGUUGGUCUUGGUGCAGCUGGAAGCACAAGGGUAUCCAAUGAAUUGGGAGCAGGCAACCCAGAACAAGCUAAACAUGCAAUGAAUGUCACCGUGAAGCUCUCUUUCCUCUUUAGUUUCUGUUUUGCUUUGGCACUUGGAUUUGGCCAUAAUAUCUGGAUUCAGCUUUUCAGUGGUAGUGCUAAAAUUAAAGAGGAGUUUGCUUCAAUGAUACCCUUGCUUGCCAUUUCCAUAGUACUAGAUGCUGUCCAAGGUGUCAUGCAAGGGGUGGCCAGAGGAUGUGGUUGGCAGCACUCAACUGUUUAUAUUAACCUUGCAACUUUUUAUCUUGUUGGUUUACCAAUAUCAUGUCUCCUAGGAUUUAAGACCAAUUUGCAUUAUAAGGGUUUAUGGAUUGGUCUGAUUUGUGGGCUGCUAUGCCAAGUUGUGACUCUCUUCCUUUUCUUAAGGCUUGCCAAAUGGACUAAAUUGGAUCUCUCUGGGGACAAAGAUAAAGACCACUUGUUGUUUAACUGAAUGUCUGCCAAUCUGGCACGGAAGUUAUGAACUAAGAUGAUCACAAAUUGGGGUGAACAUGAUUUUGGUAAAACGUCUCUACUUUCUUGCUUAUAGUUUUUAUUCAUUUUGAGAAAGUGCAAACACUUAACCUUUUUGGGGGGAGUAUUUGUGAGGCGCAGGCAGUAAAUCUUGACAUAUAAUGUAACAAACUCUCCAAUUAGGUGGUUUUUAUUCCACAAUCUCACAAGAACUCAUUUAGAUUUUAGAGGAGAUAGGCAGAAAUGUAUCUUAACAUAAAAGAUUAUUAUCAACUUAGCACUUAAGUGGACUUAACCUUGGAAAAUCAUUUGAUUGAUAAGAGAUUAAUUUCUCGCAUAAGUGGGACCUUUAUAAAAAAUAUUCUUUUCCCCACAUGCUCCACUUGAAAUUACAUUUAAAUGAAGAAAUCUCUUUCUUGAAUAUUUGGCUUAUCAAUGAAAAUAUGUGAUUGACACAAUAGUCCUUGCAAAUGUGCUGCUCCUUUAUCUCUUCUGAUGAAGGGUGUUUAAUACUGGAUGCAAUGAGGAGGAGGAUUGGUUCAGGUAGGUUACUGAAUGGACUCUGCUAACUGGAAGGAGCUAGUGCACAGUCUUCACAACACCCACCAAGGACUGUAAGAAAUGAAAAUUGUAAUGAAAUUUGUAACAUUGUUUCCAUUCUUUUAGAUUUGGACAUACUUAGCUAGGACUGAAACUUUAAGCAAUUCGAACCCUGCUAUUGAUGUGAAUAAGAAUUCAAUUUGUUA